AUGAGUUGCUAUACAAAGGCUAACGACGGCGCGUGUAAUCUAGGCUCUAUGAUGAACGGUCUCCAGACACUCCCACAGUGGCGAGGAUUCUUCAACAACCCUCCCGCUCCGCUUCUUGGAGCCAUCAACGCAGUCUAUCCCGUUUGCAAGAUUCUCGGCCUGGUCCCUGCUACCUUGAUCUCGGAUAAAUGGGGUCGUAAGACGCCAAUCUACAUUGGUCUUGUUGCUCUCGUCUUUGGACCAGCUAUUCAAGCAGCAUCCAUGAACCUCCCCAUGUUCAUCGUGUCCAGAGGUCUCAUUGGAUUUGCUACAGUCUUCCCUCAGGUGGCCUGCCCGAUUCUCGUGUCCGAACUGUCUUAUCCGACCCACAGAGGCAAAAUGACGGCCCUGUACAACACCUUCUUUUACUUUGGUGCCAUUGGAGCGGCUUGGAUCACCUACGGAACCUUCAAGAUUCAGUCUACCUGGGCUUGGCGUAUUCCCUCGGCAUUGCAGGCAGCCAUUCCAUUUUGUCAGCUUCUGUUCAUCUACUGGGUCCCUGAAUCUCCUCGAUGGCUCAUUGCCAAUGGCAAAAAGGAACAGGCUGUUGCUCUUCUCACCAAGUGGCAUGCGGCCGGACAGACAGCCUCUCCUCUUGUCGAGUACGAGAUUACCGAGAUCGAAAAGGCCCUCGAACUGGAGCGCAACCAAGAGUCAUCUGUCUCAUGGUUGACCCUUGUCCAAACCGGUCCUAUGCGCAAGCGAACUUUCAUCGCCUUUAUCCUCGGCUUCUUUAGUCAGUGGAACGGUAUCAGUGUUGUGACAUACUACCUGACUCUUGUCCUCAACACUAUCGGAAUCACCGCCGUGCAGGAUCAGACCUUGAUCAAUGGCCUGCUUCAGCUCUUCAACUUUGCUGCCGCCGUUUUUGCCGGUGCUAUGAUGGUUGAUCGAUUUGGACGUCGAAGACUGCUGCUGGUAUCUACUAUUGGUCUCGGCUUCAGCUACAUCGCCUGGACGGCCCUGACGAGUUACUUCAUCAGGAGCCACGACGAAUCGGCUGGUCGAGCUGUUGUGGCAUUCAUCUUCAUCGCCUUUUUCUUCUAUGACAUUGCUUGGACACCACUCCCGCAGGCAUAUACCAUCGAGAUCUUCCCCUUCCUGACUCGCAGCCGCGGCUUGACCACCGAGCUUACGUCCUCCUACAUCGGCCUGAUCACCGCCCAGCUGAUCAACCCCGUUGGAUUGGCUGCUAUUGGAUGGAGGUACUACAUCGUGUUCUGCUGCAUCUUGGCUGCUCUGUCCACGCUCAUCUACUUUGUCUUCCCCGAGACCAAGGGCCGCACAUUGGAGCAGAUCACCGAGAUCUUUGAUGGAAAGAGUAUUACUGUGGCUGCUGAAGAUCUUGUUAGCAAGGGUGGAGUUGUACAGGAGGUUGAGAUGCCAGGCAAGCGUGACAGCGUGGAUGUCUAA